AGUGAGGCCUCUGGUGACAUCGCUGUCUGCGCAGGCUCCCAUCUCCACCUGUGGAACAUCUCAGGGGAACCAAUCGCCUCGCUGAACACCACUCCCGACCAGAGCAAUCAGAUCUUCUGCGUGUCCAUGAGCACCCUCUGUGACUGGGACCCGGAUCACGUUAUAAUAACUGGCGGAUCGGACGGUGUCGUACGAAUGUGGGGCUUGGAUUACAUUCGUGAAGACUUAGAGGCCUCUGAGACGCCCGCUGAAGGCGCUGCGACUUCCGACACUGCCAAGGUAAGUGAACCGCCAAGAGGAAUACGUCUCUCUUAUGCUAUCUCUCCCUUCUGCUAA